CACAACCCUGCCGAGAGGAAGCGCAGAGAAAGUCCUGAAUGAGUUCGGCUUCUUCUUCUUCACCUUCACUCAAACUCUUCUCCUCCUCCUCCUUCUUCUUCAUGUCUUCUCUCUGAACUCUCUGUUUUUAACCGUGCGGGAGUCGGGGACAUCAUGAACGGCUCUCUGCGGCCCUCACCCAGCGUGGUGGACAUCAAGCUGAAGCGGGGACCGGCAGGUCUGGGCUUCAACAUAGUUGGAGGUGUGGACCAGCAGUAUGUUGUGAAUGACAAUGGAAUAUAUGUGGCCAAAAUAAAAGAAGAUGGAGCCGCGGCGUUGGAUGGGAGACUCCAAGAGGGGGACAAGAUUCUGGCGAUCAAUGGAGUCCAGCUGCAGGAUCUGAUGCAUAAAUCUGCAGUGGAUCUGUUCAGGAUGGCCGGGGAAGAUGUGAAUCUCUGUGUUCUGAAGAAGUUGCUUCAACACGAUAACGGCUCCACGGACCCACAACCCGAUCAAUCAUCCCCGGCUCUUUCUCUGGGAAUCCUUCUCGCUGUAGCCGGAGCCGCCAUCCUCUUCUCACUCAUGUACACGCGGCACAUUCGGAAACCCUUUUAACUAAACAUGCUGAUGUCUGUAUGUUAUAUUUUUUUAAGAUCAGAAACUUUGCUAAAGGCCAAAGAACUUAAAGAGGGAACAGACUCGAAACGGUAGACCUUAUUUUUUUAUUAGCAGGUGUUGGUGUCACGGACGAGUUUCUCCAUGUUCAUGUUUAUUAUGUGAUUACUGGUAGCUUCUGGACUCCUUCCCGAAGCAGGACCAAUGCUCUCUUACCACAGAGGUAACUUCUCAUAGAUAUCUUUGUGAUGUAAGUUGACAGAGAAGGAUGCACUCAUGACAUUCCCGCUGCCGGGCUGAGCUCAGGCAGAAACACGCGGCGACUUUUGAAACUUGGGGUCAAGUCCGAUGGGAAAGCUUUGGGGUCCAAUCACAAAUCGAAAGACGUUGCCAUGUUCAGUCCCUCAUGGAUCUGUACCUCCAUCAGUUCAAAGUUCACAUGAAUGAGUUUGAUUUUCAUUUUGCUCUGUUGCACAGAAUCAUGGGAGAAUCCUGCCGCGCUGCUUAAACGGAGCCAGGGAAUGAAAGAGUUUGACGUUAAAGUAAUGAAUUGGGUCUGAUAACAGACCUUUUAUUUGUGCCUUUUGUCUUCCGUUUCAAGUGGUCGGUUCUUUUCCUCCUUUAUCGUUGAUCAAAAUGAAAAUCAACCCACUAAGUCCAAUAAAUUAAAGUAUAAAACAAUAUAUAUAUAUUUCCCUCUUGACAACAAACCCCAUAAAAAUCUCCAAAUCCAACGAUCAGUUCAUCAAUAUUUAAUAGUUUCCAACUUCCUCAACCACAAGCUCAUCUCUUCAACAUGUAAAUAUUUAAAAACAGGUCACAAAUGUAUAGUUUCACUUAAAAAAAACACAGCUCUGUAACUAACUAUUGACUCUAACUAAACUAUUGUGCCCAUGUUUAAUCGUUUUUUCCGAGGAAUAAGAUCUAUCAGACAAAACGUGUUGGGGUUUAUUGACGGGCAUAAAAAAUAUAGAUUUUCACCAGAUUUACACUUGUUCAAAGUAUCACCUGCUAUUUUCACAAGAGUUUAUAAUAGAUUUUUAUUUCACUCAGGGUCAACACUAAAUAUAUAUCAUGAGGUGAGCAGCCCACCUGCAGAAGUUCAGUCACAGCCCGAGACUCUCACCGAAUCCGCCAUGUUCGUGUUGAAGCAAAUCGUUAAAAACAUUCUCCUCAUUCUGCGUCUAAACACAUCGCACCUUCCACUUCGUGAUCUGUCUUGUGGGUUGAAAGUGUAAAUCGGAGGUGGUUGUAUUAAAGGGAAUGAGUUGUGUUGGUGUGAAGGACAAGCAGCUUAAUACUGAGGAGCAGCUUGUGCCAGUUUCACUUAAAGGAGAGUUUUCUUAUAAUGAAUCGCUGUCAACAACUUUAAAUGUUUUAUUUGCACUAUCCACCAUCAAGGGACUCCUCUAGAAAAAACAGCCAUAGAGCAGAUGAAGUGUAUGAAUUGUGAGUCCUGGGUGUUGUUGUCCUCAUUGUUCAGUCUGCAUCGCGUCUGUAAUGUAACUGUCUCCGACUAUUUGUUUGUAAAUACAUUUCAUGUCGCUCUGCUGAUUAGGGCUGUGAAUAUGUGCAGUAUGCCAGAAGAAAAGAUCAGAAGCACUACUACAUUAUUGCAAAUACAGUGUGUUUGACAUCCAAGCACCUAUUAAAAUUCAUGAUGAAUUCA